GCGGGCGCUGGAGUGAGGGCGGAAGUGGCGUCAAUGGCCGGGCUUGGACGGGGAGGGCAGAAGAGGAAGAAGGGCCGGGUGGGAGCUUUGGGCGUGCGGGGCGCAGGAGGAUGGUGCUGAUCAAGGAGUUCCGGGUAGUGUUGCCUUGCUCCGUGGAGGAGUAUCAAGUGGGGCAGCUAUUCUCUGUGGCUGAAACAAGCAAGAACAACACUGGAGGUGGUGAAGGAAUUGAGGUGCUCAAAAAUGAACCCUAUGAACGAGAGGGAGAGCGGGGGCAGUACACCCACAAGAUCUACCAUCUCCAGAGCAAAGUUCCUGGAUUCAUUAAGAUGUUUGCCCCCGAGGGAUCCCUAGUUGUUCAUGAGAGAGCCUGGAAUGCCUAUCCUUAUUGUCGAACAGUUAUUACGAAUGAAUACAUGAAGGAAGAUUUCUUCAUUAAAAUUGAAACAUGGCACAAACCAGAUUUAGGUGACCAAGAAAAUGUCCACGGGCUUGAUGCUGAGACAUGGAAAGAUGUUGAGGUUGUUCAUAUAGACAUUGGCGACCGGACGCAAGUGUCAGAUGACGAUUACAAGCCAGAUGAAGACCCAGCUCUUUUCAAAUCGCAGAAGACUGGCAGAGGUCCUCUUGGUCCUGACUGGAAGAGGGAACUAGCAAAUAAUGAAGAUUGUCCCCACAUGUGUGCCUACAAACUUGUGACAGUGAAGUUCCGCUGGUGGGGCCUUCAAGGUCGAGUGGAAAAAUUUAUCCAGAAGCAAGAAAGACGCCUCUUUACCAACUUCCACAGGCAGCUGUUUUGUUGGUUGGAUAAGUGGGUGGAUUUAAGCAUGGCUGACAUCCGGCGGAUGGAGGAGGAGACACAGAGGGAGCUUGAUGAGAUACGCCAGAAGGGCUCAGUGAGAGGAAUGACUGCUGGGGAUGAGUGAGUGCCCCCUUGCUGCCUGGGCCAAGAGUGACAAGAUGCGGUACCCAUUCUUCCCCGAGACUGGACCUAUCUUUGUGGGACUCCUCUCUUUAUUUCUCACUCACUCUCUUUCUUCCCCUGCCAACUUGAGAAAGGAAGACGAGUUCUUUUCCGUCCUACUGGUCCAAAUAGAUUCCAGACUACCCCAGCUUCUAUCAGCAUGGGGAUCCCCAUGAAACUGCCAUUUACUUCUUACUGAUAAUGGAUUAAUAGCUGCCCCCACCGCAUGUCAAGUGGUCAUAAGGGGGGAGACAAGGACCUUUCAGGGGUGUGGGGGAUGUCUCUCCUUUUCACCCUGCAGAGGCAGGGGUGCAUGGGUUAUUAAUAGCAUUAAUAUUAAUAUUCUUUGGAAUCAUAUUUUGGUUGGGGUGGGUGUGGGGCUUUCAUGGGGAGGGGGAAUAAGAUCAGAAAUGUUUAAACAUGGGGUGGGAAAAAGAAGAUGUUUAAUUUAGUAAUAUAGUUUGGACUUCACUGUGGAAAGUUGGAAUUAGUCUUUUUAUAGGACAUGUGAAAACAUUCCUCCACUACCAAAUCAAAUUUCAUCUUCCAGGAUCAUGGAAAUCCAUGACUUUUUCCUUUGGACACGUUCCUGUGUUAUAUGGUGAAAUUAAACCAUGCCACUAAACUGGCUCCAUUAUAGGUAGCAAGGUGUCCCUCUUUCCUCCCCCACUGUCAGAGGUGGCAUAAAACUAUGGGGCUAAAAUAUAUUGAGGAGCACUGUAUACAAAGAGUUGAAAAGAGUGCUGCUUGGAAGGAAAAAAAAAACCUCUUUAACAUUCUUUCUCUCCCCCCGGCCCCCCAUAUCCCAGUUUGGGGAGGGGGCAGGUAUUACCCCCUGCUUUGGGGAGGGCCCUCAUAAGCAUUUCACCCAACUAUUCUGUGGGACUGAAAUAAGGGGAUGUGUGGAAACAAUGAGGCCCAGGGCUGCAGUUCUAUGGAUCUGGACAGUAUUUUUUUUAAAAAAGAAAACACUGAAAAUCUUUUUUUUUAAAGUAAAACAAUAAAUAAACUUGAAGUUGA